UUCAAGUGUUUGUAUAAUAGAGUAUAAAUUAUAAAGAAGAAGCAAGAGGUUAAAGAAGUUACUUCAACUAAAAUUUGAUAUCGAUGAAUAAUCAUUGCUAAUAUGGCCUCUCAACUAAUUCCUCGAAACUCCGAAAUGCAUGCUCUCAAACAACGGGGAUAUAUUAUUGGCAAAAAAAUUGGACAGGGAACACAUGCUAUAGUUCAUUUAUCUGAAUUUAUUGAUGGUACCAAUUCAAAGAAAGUGAGAUUAGCCUGUAAGAUUUUUGAUAAAAAAAAGGCACCAAAUGAUUUUCUCAAUACAUUUUUUCCACGGGAACUAGAAAUCCUGACAAAAAUAGAAAAUCCUCACAUUAUUCAAGUACAUAGUAUUCUGCAAAGAGGACCACGAGUCUUUAUUUUCAUGCGAUAUGCUGAAAAUGGUGACCUUCUGGAUUUUAUACUUCGAACCGGGCCUGUUCCAGAACAACAAUCAAAAUUAUGGUUUUGGCAAAUGGCAUCUGGUCUCCAAUAUCUUCAUAAAAUGAACAUAGCUCAUCGAGAUUUAAAAUGUGAAAAUAUUCUUCUUUCAAGAAAAUUUCAUGUUAAAUUAGCAGACUUUGGAUUUGCCCGUUAUUGUGUAAACAGCGAUGGUCAACGAGUGCUCAGUCAAACGUAUUGUGGUUCGGCUGCUUAUGCUGCACCAGAAGUUGUAGCUGGUAUACCGUACAAUCCAAAAUUAUCAGAUGUUUGGUCUCUAGGUGUUAUUCUUUAUAUCAUGUUAAAUGCUGUAAUGCCUUUUAAUCUGCGAAGAAAUAAGAUUUUGAAAGAUCAAAUGAAUAAAAACUGGUGUUUUCAACCACAUAUACGAGAUAUUGUAUCUCCUUUAGCAAAAAAUAUUGUUGAGCAAAUACUUGAACCAGAUAUAACAUUGAGAUUAACUGUUAAUAGAAUAUUGGCACAUGAAUGGAUUUGUAACAAAAAAGAUAAAAGCAGCUUUAAUUCUGAAAGACUUGUACAUUCAACUCCACCUACACAAGUACUGCCUUAAAAAAUAUGCUAAAUUUUUAUAAUUGUUGAUAAUGGUUUUAU